GUGACACAGCUGCCUUACAGAACUACUGGCAAUAUUGCCAGAACCUGUGGAGUAUUCUUCUGGAACGCUGAACUGACAACAAGAGCUUUAUCAUCCAACUGAAUCAGAGAAUCCAAGGCAUUACCAGAAAAAUGAAACUAAUCUUCCAGUCUUUCCUUUAUUGCUGCCUGGUGGCCACAGUAACACACUGUGUGGAACUUGAAGUCAAUCCCAAGUUAAAAAAGAGACUCAGCAUAUGGCUGGGGAACAGACUCAGACAGGAUCUGGAGAGUAAGGCUGUAAACUCUGAGCAAUUUGUCAGGCAAGAGGACGUCAGGAACACCAUGCUGCCACAUUCCAGGUAUGCAUCAUCAACUCAGAACCACAUCUCACCAUCAUUUAAAUUCAGAAAUAAGCAUCUUAAAUCCUCUUCUUUCUUCUGCAGCACUGAAAUCAACAUCCGAACCAAGAGGUCCAAAAAUUCCGCCAACCAGUCAAGAAGACAGGGUUGUUCUCUGGGGACCUGCACAGUGCACGACCUGGCACACCGCUUGCACCAACUCAAUAAUAAACUGAAGAUUGGCAGCGCUCCCGUGGACAAGAUCAGCCCACAGGGAUAUGGCCGGAGGCGUCGCUCCCUACCAGAAGGCAGAGUGACUCUGAGGCUGGAGCAGGGCAGGCUCAGCCCCGUGUGGAGCACAACCGAUUCACAAGUCCACAAGCUUGAGGCUCUGCUCAGGCAGACAUGAAUGAGACUUUGCAAGAAAGAACAGCUGGGAACAAAAGCUAGGGGAGUCUCAAGAGUUAGCAUAGCCAUGCCUCAGUACUCUCCAGCACAUUUUUCCAGGCCUGGGGACCGAGUCGGAGCUAGACUCCCUGCACUGAGUUUCUUAUAGAGCUGAGCCUUGCUGCUCAGUGAUGUGAAGCGAGCAAACAACUGCAAACACUGGAUGGCAGAGCGUGGCACAACUACACGGUGCUGCUCUCUGCUUGGCCGGGGGGGACCCAAAGAGUGCUGAUUUCUACCAAAGUGAGUGGACUCAUCCUCUGUGUAAAAGAGGUAUCUUUUUUUCCAACAUUCUUGGACUUAUUGGACACAGUUCCUCCUCCAACUUAAUAAGUGCUAUCCUGCAAGGAUUGAAAAAACUAACUAAGCACUUUUCCAUUUGGACUCAAGUGAAUGAUCAGGAUAAUAUCAUGUGCAUCACAAUGCCAAAUAAGGGGGUAGACUUUAAAGUUGUGAAGCUUUCAGCCUAUAUCAUGUUUUGGGCACUGUAUAAAGGAAAAAAAUGCCUUAAAUUCUGUGAGAUAUGUGCCAGUCCACAAUGGAUUGAAAUAUACUUGAACUUGUUAUUUGUACAAAACAUGUGCAAUCUAUGUUUGUUUGUUUUUUUAAUUGCAGAUAUAUGUAUAUAAGAAUUCAUUUAUUUAAUAUUAUAUAUUAGUUACAUUUAUGUACUUAAACAGAACUAUUUUUGUACAGAAAGUAUAUGAGCAUUGUAUUUGUCAUUAUUUUAUUACAGAUUGUGGUAAUAGGAUAUCUGUCUUAUGGGUAUAUUAUAUAUUUGCAAAUGCGCUCUAUUCUAUUUGUGUUGAAGCAAUA